UUUUGUAUGUCUUCUGAGUUUUAUAAUCAUUGCCAGAACUGUUUAUCCAUUUCCCACAUACAUUAGAAAGCUCUUGAAUUUGUGUAACGAGUAACGACAAAAAUAUAUUUUACUAGUUUUUCUAUUAAAGAUCUGUUCUUUUUUUUUUAAACUAAUUUUCUCCGCUAAAAUCAAUUCUACACAGAGAUUCGAUUCUAAGCUGUUUCAAUCCUACGAUCUCGGAUUUGUUCUAUCCGUACGUACGAAUAUGGAAGCUUCGAUUUCGUUUCGUGGGUCAACUACAAAGCCCAACCUUUCAUCACUUAUCAGCCCUUCUUCUUCCGUCGUCCUCCACCCUCGUCUCCCUCUUCCUGCUUUGAGGCUGAAGAAAGUCUCAGCCUUUCCUCGAAUCUCCCACCGUAACCGCCUCGUCAGAGCUCAGUGCUCAGAUGGAUUGAGACCAGAGGAAGACGAUGGGUUUGUGCUAGAAGACGUCCCUCACUUGACAACCUUCCUCCCUAAUCUGUCGUCGUACCCAAAUCCACUGAAGGAAAGCCAAGCAUACGCCAUUGUUAAGCGAACCUUUGUCAGUUCCGAAGAUGUGGUUGCACAAAAUAUUGUAGUCCAGAAGGGAAGUAAGCGAGGAGUACACUUUAGGCGAGCAGGGCCUCGAGAAAGAGUCUACUUCAGAUCAGAUGAAGUAAAAGCUUGCAUAGUGACGUGUGGGGGCUUGUGCCCUGGGAUUAAUACGGUUAUUAGGGAGAUUGUAUGUGGAUUAAACAGUAUGUAUGGAGUCAGUAAUAUUCUCGGCAUUCAGGGAGGAUAUAAAGGCUUUUAUUCUAAAAACACUAUCACCUUGACGCCUAAAGUGGUUAAUGAUAUUCAUAAACGUGGUGGCACUUUUCUUCAAACCUCGAGAGGAGGACAUGAUACAGCCAAGAUUGUUGAUAACAUUCAAGAUAGAGGAAUAAAUCAGGUGUAUAUUAUUGGAGGUGAUGGGACUCAAAAGGGUGCAGAGAAGAUAUACCAGGAAGUGGAGAGGCGUGGGCUUCAGGUGGCGGUUUCUGGCAUCCCCAAGACAAUUGAUAAUGAUAUUGCUGUGAUUGACAAAUCCUUUGGGUUUGACACUGCUGUUGAGGAAGCUCAGAGAGCUAUCAAUGCUGCACAUGUGGAAGUGGAGAGCGUGGAGAAUGGAGUUGGAAUUGUUAAACUCAUGGGCAGAUACAGCGGUUUUAUUGCUAUGAUUGCAACUUUAGCAAACCGUGAUGUGGAUUGUUGCCUGAUUCCAGAGUCUCCGUUCUACCUUGAAGGAAAAGGUGGGCUGUUUGAGUUUAUAGAACAACGACUCAAAGAGAAUAGCCACAUGGUUAUUGUGAUAGCCGAAGGAGCUGGACAGGACUAUGUUGCUCAAAGCAUGCGCGCUUCUGAAACUAAAGAUGCGUCAGGAAAUAGACUCUUGCUUGAUGUUGGUCUGUGGUUGACUCAACAGAUUAAGGAUCAUUUUACAAAUGUUCGGAAAAUGACUAUAAACAUGAAGUACAUAGAUCCGACGUAUAUGAUAAGAGCAAUACCGAGUAACGCAUCAGACAAUGUCUAUUGCACUCUUCUUGCCCAAAGUGCAGUUCAUGGAGCAAUGGCUGGGUACUCUGGUUUCACCGUUGGACCAGUUAACAGCAGACAUGCUUACAUCCCAAUUUCUCGAGUGACAGAAGUGACCAAUACGGUGAAGUUAACGGAUAGGAUGUGGGCUAGACUCCUUGCAUCGACAAAUCAACCGAGUUUCUUGACUGGUGAAGGAGCGUUGAAGAAUGUGAUCGACAUGGAAACUCAAGAUAAGAUUGAUAACAUGAAGAUCUCUUCUAUCUAGCUAGAAACAGGCCACGUUAUAUAUAUUCAUCAACUGUUGCUAGACCAUAUGCAUAGAAGAGAUAUCUCUUUAUCGACAACCAUGGAGUAUUUCAUUGGUUACAAGAACUCUUUGGUUAUAGCUUAUUCGCAAUAAUAAUACUCAAUUUAGAUGUAAA